GAAGGUCACGUGAUCGUGUCCACCAACCAGCUGACGACCUACACGGACCGGAUCCGUUCUUUCCAACGGUGUCGGGAAUAAAACCGAUCUCCGGACCUGAAUGCAUAAAUCCGGAACCAUCACCCACCGUCCAUCACUUUAUCCCUAAGUGUCCAGAUCUAACACAAGAGCAUCUUUGGUUUGCUUUUUUUUGCCGAAGAAAAGGACAAGGAUAGAGGACACUGCGCGCGAUAUUCAGGGAAAAAAAACAAAGCCGCGUGUACAUUUUUUGUCCGUUUCGGGUUACAUUUUAUUCAUUUGAACUCUUCAGGACGUAAUAUUUUGGUGCAGCAGGUUUUUCCCCUUAUUAUUAGUAUUAUUUUAAUUGCUAGAGAGAUAUCCGGAAAAUCCGGUAGCCUACGUCAUAGACGUCAUCUCAACCGCGUUACGUAACACCGAGGAGCGCAACCGUGCGCCAAAAUCCCUCAUGUCAAGACGCAAACCUAUCAAGCACUGCUGUGUUCAUUAUAGGAGCUGAAGAUCUGAAGAACCUUCUGAUCUACUGUAUUCAGUUCAGCUUGAUUCAAGGAUUCCUAAUAUUUUUUAUUUUUUUGUCGGCCUAUGUUUUUGCUCGGCCGGUUUAUUCCUGAGUGCGAAACGGAUUAUUGAAAGGAAAAAAUAUUUAUUAAUAAUAAAUAAUAAUAAAUAAUAAUAAUAAAUAAUAAUAAAAAAAAAAACCCCAAAGCAGACAUGUCGGGCCAGACGCUCACGGAUCGCAUCGCCGCCGCGCAGUACCAGCUCACCGGCUCGGACGUGGCCCGGGCUGUGUGUAAAGCUACCACACACGAGGUGAUGGCGCCUAAGAAGAAGCAUCUGGACUACCUGAUCGCCGCCACCAACGAGACCAACGUAAACAUCCCACAGAUGGCUGACACUUUGUUCGAGAGGGCCAUGAAUGCCAGCUGGGUGGUCGUCUUCAAAGCGCUUGUUACCACACACCACAUGUGUAUCCAUGGGAAUGAGAGGUUUAUCCAGUACCUGGCCUCCAGGAAUUCACUGUUCAACCUCAGCAAUUUUAUCGACAAAACCGGGACCCAUGGCUACGACAUGUCCACGUUUAUCCGACGAUACGCACGGUACCUCAACGAAAAGGCGUAUGCUUACCGCGCAAUGGCCUUCGAUUUCACUCGGGUCAAAAAAGGCACUGAUGGUGUGAUGAGGACCAUGGCUUCCGAGAAACUACUAAAGGCUAUGCCGGCUCUACAGACUCAAGUGGACACGCUACUUGAAUUUGAUGUUAAUCCCAAAGACCUGAACAAUGGCAUCAUCAACGGAGCGUUCAUGCUCCUCUUCAAGGAUCUGAUCAAGCUUUUUGCCUCCUACAACGAUGGAAUUAUCAAUUUAUUAGAGAAAUAUUUCAAGAUGAAAAAAUCUGAUUGCAAGGAGUCACUGGAGAUCUACAAAAAGUUUCUGACCCGAGUAACCAAGAUUUCAGAGUUUAUGAAAAUCGCAGAGCAAGUUGGUGUGGACAAAAAUGACAUUCCUGACAUAUCAUAUGCCCCCAGCAGUAUUCUCGAGUCUCUGGAGACACACAUGAACAGUCUAGAGGGCAAGAAAGGAGAGGGGUCUCCGACAAAAGGGUCGCCCACCAACAACGUCUCUCCAACAUCCACUCCCUCCAAGUCUGCAGGCUCCGUGCCCACCCUUGAGCCGCCGCCCACUGAGGCCGCGGCUGCGUCUGCAGCACCUGCUGCCGCCGCCGAGCCUGUAACUGAUUCUUUGCUGGACUUGGAUCCGUUUUCUUCUUCAGGGCCACCUGCUUCUGCUGCUCCAACAUCCUGGGGAGAUCUUUUGGGGUCAGAAUUUGGUUCCCUCACUACGGAGACUCUUCUCCCCGACCCCACCCCUGCUGUAGACAGUACCACUUCUGCGACAGCUGCAUCUAGUGCCCCAGCUGGUGAAGGCGCUGCUUCUGCAGCUCCUUCCUCUACCAGCACCGGCCCGACCCCGAGCUCGGCGGAUCUCCUCGGAGGCGCAUUCGGAAGCUCAGCAGCUGAACCGGCGUCCGCUAUGGAGACGGGGGGUUCGGGCAACGCGGCCGCCCCUGCCGCCGACCCUUCUGCUGCAAAUGACUCUGCAGGUGCAGGCAACGGCCAACCCACACCUCCGGCACCGGCAACAUCUUCAGGAGGAGAUCUAAUGGGAGCGUUUGGUGGUUUGGGGGAUAUGCUGAUGCCAGCCAUGGCCCCUCAGCCAGCUGCAGCAGCACCCAUGGCACCCUCACCAGUUAAACCAGUGGGAGGAGAUCUGGACUCUACGAUGGCUAGUUUAGCUGGAAAUCUGGGAAUGGGGGCCCAGAAACAGGGCGAAGCAGCAGGAGGGGCGAACUGGCAAGCGCAGGUAGCAGCCCCUAGCUGGGGCAUGCCCAUGUCUGUGCCCUCCACGGUCUCUCCUCUCAUGAGGCCUUCGUUGCCGUUUGGCAUGCCCGGUGCAGCAGGAGCUUCUCCCAUGAUGUUCCCUCAGCAGCCUAUGAUGAGACCGCAGUUUCCUGCUGCAGGAGCACCUGCGGCACCGAUGUCUUCUGGAAUGACCCAGAGCCCCAGGAAGCCUCCUCCUCCUAAAGAUCCCCUUGCUGACCUGAACAUCAAGGACUUCCUAUAGGCCACCAUCAGAGCAAGUCAGCGACCAUGAGGAACCCUGAGGAAAAAGGAACGUGUGCAUUUCCUUUUAGAUCAGGCUUCUCCCCAUCUCUUCCCUCCCUCCCUCACUCAAUCUCUUUCUGUCCAAUGUUGUAUUACGAAUCUGUGAAAGUGAUAACGUAUAUGUGUGUGUGCGCGUAUUUUAAUGUUUCCAGGCUAUACUAAAAAACCCAUUUAAAACAAACAAACAAAAAAAAGGUAUUGAUGGAUGCACCCUUGUACAUCUGCAACGACGGCUGUGUGCUCCUUUGGGUUUUUAUUUCUUUUUCCUGUGAGGAACCCAAGCAGAUGUGUAGUGUAACGUGUUUUCGGUGUGGUACAUAUCACUGGGCUCACAUUGUUGUCAUUUAAGUAUUAAUUGUCUAGCUCUUAUAUACAGCUUGCGGGACCAUAUUCGGAUGAACCUAAAGUUUACGGACGUUUGUUGUAGCAUCUCCGUAUUCCGUUUUCUCCGACCGUUCCUUUUCUGUCAGCUACACGCUCGACGGCGUGAGCCCUGACUAGCAAAAGAUAUGCAUUUAGAUUAUUUUCUCUUUAGCAUUUAUUUUAGAGGAGAAAACAAACAAAACAAAAAAAUCAAUCUAUUUUUAGUUAUGUGCAUUGUAUUAAAAGAGGUGGUGCAAAAGAUUUCCGGUUGUACCGCAGACCCCUGGAUUUCUGCCCCUCAAUGGAAUCUAGAUCUGUUCAGUGGCACCUUGGAGUGAAUAGUGGGUAGUGCACAAGAGCACGACGGCUCGUUUGGUUCGAAAAACCGAAGCAUGACAGGUUUAUGAUUUGGGUUUCACCACCAGUCCAUAAUAAUGACCACAGUGGCGUUUUGGAAAUAUGUGUAUUUAAAAAAAAAAAAAAAAAAAAAAGAAAAAAGGGGGUUGGUAGAGAGACUUUAUAUUAACAGUGGAUGUGCUGGUUGGUUUAUUUUUCUUUACUUUUUUUUGGUGUAUCUUCAUAUAUAUAUAUUUUUUUUUUGGAUGUAAUAAACUCCCUCCCUUUGUCCCAAUACACUUCUGUGCAUGUAAGUCCUGUUGAAAUGCAAUAAAGUUACCUGGAAAACCCCUCA